AUGUUGUUGACAAAUAUUAACUGCCCAGAAGGAUUAUCAUGGAACGAAAUUAGGCAAAUAACUUUGGUCACUCCCGGUUUCAAGAAGAGUAGGACCUCUCCAAAACUAAAAGCGUUACCGUUAACAAGUAAAACAAUAGCAGAAUGUAAUCAGGCAUUGCAAGCCCUGAAAUAUUCCUCAAGAGCAAGUUGUAAUGCGCAAUUUCCGAGAUAUGAACAUGGACAAACAGUGAAAUUGAGGCAGAUUUGGCUUGGCCUAUCACCACUUCGUCUCAAACCAGGUGCGCUGACCAGGAGUCGAGUGGAACCAGAACAGUGGGAUACCAUUAAUCAGGAGUCGGUCGAAGAUUUAUCCUCUCUGAUAGCAUCUAAAAUGUUGACACGACAUGCCUGCAAAAGUNUUUGA